AUGGCUGAGAAGAUGAGAAGAGUAGAGGAGGACAAAGCUAUACAUGCUGCCUCAUUUUCAUCCUGUUAUAUUACACUUCUUAAAACAUCAAUAGGAAGUGGUGUAUUAUCAUUUCUAUUUUUAUUUAAGACGUAUGGAAUAGCAACAGCAACAAUCUCAACUGUAGUAUCAGGAACAUUUGCAGUUAUUGGAUUGGUAUUGUAUGUAUUGUGUGCUCAUGAAAUUGGACGAAGUGCAACACUAUCAGAAUUAGCAUUAGUAAGAAUGCCAUAUACAAAAAUUAUGGUGGAUUUCUCUGUAUUUCUCAAAUGUUUUGGUGUAGCUCUUUCAUAUCUCAUAAUAGCUCGAAAACUUCUUCCACCUUAUAUAGAAACAGUUUUUGGUCGUGCACAUAUUGUAAAUCCAAACAUUCUUCUCGUUCUAUUUCUUGCAUUCGUGGGUCCGUUCUGUUACUUUCAGAAAUUAGACAAGCUUAAAUAUAUAUCUUUUUGUGGUAUUUUGGCAAUAUUUUUUGUAAUAAUAGCCACAAUUUAUAGGUAUUACUAUAUAAGUAUUAUAUACACCUGUAGUGUCUACUUUAUUACACCAAUAUCAACUGAUUACUUAGGUGGAUUUGGAAAAUUUGUAUUUUCAUUUACGUGCCAUCAAAACAUUUUUGCAGUACACAGUGAAAUGGCCAAUAAUUCUGUGAAGCGAACAAAUCGAUUGAUUCUUGCAGUAGCAACCUCAGCCCUUGUUAUGUAUAUCACAUUUGGAUUAUUCAACUAUUUAUUAUAUGGAGUCGCAGCAAAUACAAACAUAAUAAGAAAUUACCCCAAUGAUGUUCUUGCAUCAAUAGUUCGUGGCCUCUACAUUGUUGUUGUGGGAGUUUCUUAUUCACUACAAGUAAAUCCUUGUAGAGCCUACUUCGUAAAAAUGAUAUCAUAUGACAAACAGCGAGGAAAGGCUGUCGUUAAUAUUUGUGUAACAACUCUUAUAAUUGUAUUGACAUAUUGUAUUGCAGUGUCCGGAAUGAAUCUUGGUAUUGUUUACACAAUUGUUGGUGCUACAGCAUCAACAUUUAUUCGUUUGAUAUUUCCUUCUCUUUUUUAUUUCAAUAUGGACAUAAAUAGAUCUGUUAUGUUGGACAUUCUAUCGUAUCUUUCCUUUUUACUUGGAGUUUUUGUAUUUUUGGCUGCUAUAUUGAAUGUUGGUAGAAAGUAUCUGUAG